AUGACUGACCUGAACAUUAAUUUAAGUCAGGCUGGCUACCUCAUCACUCUGAACAUCUUGUCGCUUGGGGUUGGAAAUUUGUUCUGGGUCCCGCUCUCCUUGAAGAUCGGGAAACGCCCGGUUUUGCUCUGGAGCACCGCGAUCUUUCUGGCCUCCAGUAUCUGGGCCGCUGAAGCUAAAGACUAUGCUUCCUUGCUUGGUGCACGUGUCGUGCAAGGCUUUGGUGCAAGCUCUUCUGAAGCACUUGGACCGGCGAUCGUAGCCGAUCUGUAUUUUCUGCAUGAGAGAGGGGCGAUGGUAGGGUUUUACACCUUCAUGAUCGCCGUGGGAAGUGCGCUUGGGGGCGUCUUCGGAGGCUAUGUCGCCAAUGCUAACUCGGACUGGCGUUGGGUGUUCCAUAUGGACACUAUCUUGGUGGGAGCAGUCUUCCUUUUUACCGCCUUGUUCCAAGCGGAGACAAAUUUCACAAGGCCACAAGAAUAUGAGACCGGGCAAGGAGUCGAAGCCUCAGAGAUCCAAGCAAUACGCGCCAAUUCUAGGAGUAGCUGGCUCAAAUCCCUCGCCGUGACCGGCUGGUAUGACAAGACUGUGUCCAUUUGGUGGCUUUGGUGGCGGCCGUUCUUGACGCUUCAAUACCCAUCAGUCAUUUGGGGUUCUCUCACAUAUGGGGUAACACUUGGUUGGAUCGUAUUGCAGCAGACCGCCAAUGCUUCUGCGUUACCCGUCUUGUAUGGAUACAAUGCGGUCAACAUCGGAAAUUCGUACUGGACUUACGUCAUUGGUGCUACGCUAGGUUGCAUUGCAGGAGGGCCCAUCAGCGACUAUGUGGUAGCCCUCGUAGCGAAGCGCCGCAAGGGAUACUUCAAGCCCGAAUUCCGACUCUGGGCACUGAUUCCGGCGUAUGUCUUGGGGCCCGUAGGACUCUUGAUGUGGGGUUUCGGACUAGGCCGUCGCCUGAACCCCAUGGUUGCCCUUGUUGGAUCCGGAAUUUCGUAUGGCGUGCUUUGCGCGGUCCCAGCGAUUGGAAUGACUUAUGUGGUUGAUAGCCACAGACCUGUCUCGGGCGAAACCAUGACCGUGCUUACUGCAUUUAAAAAUACUUUUGCUUUUGCGCUCAGUUUCGCGGUGACUCCCUGGAUUGAAAAGGAUGGGUAUGCAAAGGUUGGUGGCUGGAAGACGCUUAUCGAAGGUGUCAUCUUUGCGACGACGAUUCCGAUGUAUAUAUAUGGUGAAAGAAUCCGACGAUGGUCGGUCAAGCUCACCAUCUGA